GACGGAGUGAGUGAAGGCUUUCGGACGCGUCACCGUUUGUUUGUGUCAGCGGCAGGAGGUGUGCGAGGCGUGGGGACGAGCAGGGAGCACGCCCACGCACCCACGAGGGGAACUGUGCACCGGGGGAGGAAGGGCACCACCUGGGGCGUCGAGGCGGAGGGGCAGAGACUUGACAUUGGGCAGGAUGAAGGCGCUGAUCCUGGUGGGUGGGUACGGGACGCGCCUCCGGCCCCUCACGCUGAGCAGGCCCAAGCCACUGGUGGAGUUUGCCAACAAACCCAUCGUCUUGCAUCAGAUAGAAGCUCUUGUGGCUGCCGGUGUGACCCACGUGGUGCUCGCUGUGUCCUACCAUGCCGAGAAGAUGGAGCAGGAGUUGGCGCAGGAGGCACAGAGGCUGGGCAUCGAGAUCACCUUCUCACUGGAGGAAGAACCGCUGGGCACUGCAGGGCCAAUCAAACUGGCCCAGAGCAUCCUUGCUUCAAACUCUGAGCCAUUUUUUGUCCUCAAUUCCGAUGUGAUCUGUGACUUUCCCUUCAACCAGAUGGUUAAGUUCCAUAAGAAGCAUGGCCGCGAGGGAACCAUUAUGGUCACCAAGGUGGAGGAGCCGUCCAAGUAUGGUGUUGUGUUAUACGACGACACGGGCAAGAUUGACAGCUUUGUGGAGAAGCCGCAGGAGUUCGUGUCAAACAAAAUUAACGCUGGCAUGUACAUCUUUAACCCAUCAAUCUUGGACAGGAUAGAGUGUCGGCCAAUGAGCAUAGAGAAAGAGGUGUUCCCCUUCAUGGCGAGGGACGGACAGCUGUAUGCCCAGGAGCUUAAUGGGUUCUGGAUGGACAUUGGUCAGCCCAAGGACUUCCUCACUGGAAUGUGCCUCUACCUCAACUCAUGCAAGAUGAACAACAGUGCCAAGCUUUACAAGGGUCCAGGUGUGGUGGGUAACGUUUUAGUGGAUUCAUCAGCCAAAAUUGGAAAAAAUUGUCGCAUUGGACCCAACGUGACCAUUGGGCCAGAAGUGGUGGUGGAGGAUGGGGCAUGCAUCAAGCGCUGCACCAUCCUGCGUGGCGCCACCAUACGCUCUCACACGUGGCUCGAGAACUGCAUCAUUGGCUGGAAGUGUAUUGUUGGACAGUGGGUGAGGAUGGAGAACGUGUCGGUGCUGGGCGAGGAUGUCAUCGUGAAGGAUGAACUCUACGUCAAUGGAGGGAUGGUGUUGCCCCACAAGAGCAUUGGAGCAUCAGUGCUUGAGCCAAAAAUCAUUAUGUGAGGCCUUAGCAGCCAUAGACACCACACUGACUUGCUUUGAAUCAUCUUGCCUUCAGAGAGUGGCUCAGGGGUUGAACCUGCAAUUGCUCACUACUUUCUAAUAGUUUGCACGGGACUUUAAAAGCAGGCUGAGGUGAAUUUGGCAGGUAAGAACUCUCAUGGUCUCUUUGACUUUCCUCUGUCUCUAUAUUCAUUAUUGUUUUACUGAGUCACUCGCUAAGUUACAUGUUGAGGUUACUAAUUUAUAAAGAUAUGUUGUCUUGAUAUAAUGGUGCACCGUACUUCCACUGUGGCAUUUAGUUGUUGCUUGAUUAUUGCACCUAAAGUCGGCUUCCAGUUCAAGGUUUUAACUGAUACAUAUUAUGUUUAUGUAGAAAAUGUUGACUUAUUUCCUUUUAUGGUCUCAGGGACUUUUCAAAUCUGAUCAGACCCAUGUGGCAGGAACCCUUCCCUCCUGCACAUUUUCCCUGUGUCAGGGAAGGAAACUUGCAAGAUGUUGCAAGAAAUUAAUGAUGUUGGAAAUUUACCGAAUUUAAUGGCAUAUAAAGUACAUGCAUGAUCAUAUAAGAUGCCCCUCAAUUUUGACAACCUUUUUCUUGAAAAAUAAUCAUAUAUUUUCCUGCCAUGUGUACCCCUCCCCUUGGUCAGUUCAAAUGAAAGUUUCUCGUGUGUUCAGGUCUUAUUUUCACUGGUCAUGGACCAUUUUCUCAGUUUGGAGGUGGCCCAUAAUGCUUGUUAUUUGUAAUUUGUAAACAUUUUUGUAGGUAUUACUUUUCUUUCACUCCAUUAUGUUGGGAUAGUGGAAAUCUGAACAUUAUAAACUUAAGUGAUUAUUUAACCAAUAGUAAAUCUUUUGUGUAUUGAUUAAAUGAAUGCUUAAAUUUAAGUUCCAAGGUUCUAGGAAAAAAUGUCAUUCUUACUACCACACUAGCUUCAAACAAAUAAAUCACAGUGAGGGUUGCACAGCUCAUCAGGCUUGGUGUGCCUGAGAGAGCAAGCCAUUACAAAGACUGUAAUCACUACACCAAGACCAAAACCAAGUUAAUGCUCGCUUGUUUAUGUCUAUGAUCAGGCAUCUUCAUUGAAUUCUCUCCCUGACUGCAUAUACUACUCACUGCCCCUUACACACACACAAUUCGGUCAUGAGUUCAGCAUCUGAUUAGUAAAAGUAAAUUUGGGGGCAUAUGCUAUAGCUGUGUGGCUUCAGUGUUUAUCUUCAUCUCAUUGGUUGUUGCAGUAUCAUAAUUGCAUGCCCCAAUUAAUCACUCAAUCAAUCCAUCUCAUUGAUCCUGGAGUCUGUGGUUGGUGAGAAGCCAUUACCCUGACACAGGGCAAGUACAUCUGGGUUACCACAGUUUACCUUUCUGAGGUUUCCCCAGGAGGAUGAACAGCUGAGUGGGCUGUGUGCCGACUGCCCAGGCCAAGAUUCAAACCCAAGCCUGCGAAUUAGUAACCUGGCGUGUUAGCCAUUUCAUCUCAGAGACUGUGAGUGAAUUCUACACACUCACACUUGACUUCCUGUCUUCACCUCACAGGGUGAAAACAUAGCCUGUGGUGCUCUGUAGUGGCUUCAGUCAACCUGUUGAUAUAAUCACUUCAAGGACUCCAAAGCCUGCCUAUAACUCUGAUCUUGAGCAUUUAAACAGAGGGGCUAUUUUCAGACAUACUUGGGGAAAAAUGCACCCCUUAUAUGCCAUGAAAUGUGGUACUUUACUGACAUGUAUUUUUAUUUACACCAAACAUACUGUAAUUGAACAAGUCUACAUGAUGGGGAAAGUGCAUUAUAGGUUAAGGUCAAACUGCAUGUCUGGUGAUGGCAGUGUUGAGUGGUUGAUACAGUAUGACCUUGUACAGUGUGUGUUAGUGUAAUUAUAAGGCAGCACACAAUGUAAAAGUAAUAUGUUGCAAUGAUGAGUGUGAGGCAUCAUGCACUGAGUGUGGAAAGCUGGAAAGCAUCUGGGGGACAUUGAACACCCUUUGUAAAUAGGUGUUCAGCACCAUGCACUGAAUGCAAAGUAAAUAUAGGAACAUUUUAUGGACCUUUUGUGAAAACAAAGGCAUCAAGCACCUUGUGUGGAAUGGGUGAAAACAAAGGCAUCAAGCACCUUGUGUGGAAUGGGUGAAAACAAAGGCAUCAAGCACUUUGUGUGGAAUGGGUGAAAACAAAGGCAUCAAGCACCUUGUGUGGAAUGGGACCAUCAUUAACCCAGUGUUAAGGAACUUUGACAGUUGCCUGCUGAACUACAUGGUAAGAUUUUCUGCUGUGUGAUGCCAUCAUAAGAUAAGAGAUCCAUCACUGAGUGUUAAGAUUUGUACUACUACAAUAAAGCAUCAAGUUGAUA